AUGAGCGGACGGUAUCUCCUCAUAGUCAUUAAGACCGUCGUCUAUAUUGCUUCCCUACUUCUUACGUGUAUUUUGGUGCAUAUAAACUCAAAUACAUCUUCCGAUACAGUAAUUACUAGUAUUUCUCAAGGUCUGGUGAAUUCAUGCGAAGAGAGUCCAAAAUAUGACUUAGCACCAACUAACUUUGUUUGCAGAUUCCCCUGCCCAGAAGAUCUCCUGGCCUGGUUACGCCAGCUUCAUGGCAACUGGACUCGAGUAAAUAGAAUGGUCGUUUAUUUUGUACAGAAAGCCCAAAUUUGUCGUCGUAUCUCACCAAAUCUGCUCCACAACCACUUUCCUCGGCUACGGAUACUGCUUGUACACGCCCAUCGCUGUCCCUUUCUUCAGCUGCCUGAGAGCGAUGAUCUACCCUGGUUAAACCAAUUAAGCCUUCUCUUCCCCUUACCACAGCCUGACACUCCAAUUUUGGAAACCACUUCCCCCAAACCAUUGUCAGUAGAUCGACAGAAGUCAGGUAAAAUACAUUAUCAGCUCGAAAGGCUGGAAGCUGCCCGUGGUCAGUGUUGUGAUCUUUUUAGUGGUAUCACGGAGUUACCACGUUUACGCUACCUUACUAUUGGAUGCGCCCAUGUUUCCAUAACCUCAACCACCCAAUGCGCUAGGGAGUUUUCAUUAGAAGCAACAGGCAACAAUAUUUCCAUUCCAGCAAAUGUUGUUCCACUACCUGAAAGAUUGAUUAUAGCCCCACAACUAAAACACCUUCAAGCCUUAUUUACUGGUGCUAAUGAACAGCCGACAUGCUUGGUACAUCGUCUCAGGAAUCUUACUUUAUUACACCUCUACACCCUAGAAGAUUCGAUGCACACAGUACUCACGCCAAAGAGUCUAUUUGAUCUGCCCUCUUUGACCGAUGUUAUUAUGCGCUUUGGGCAGCAUGUUCAUCUCACCAGUCAGCUUGAAGAUUAUCCACGUCUAGGAUCAAGCCAUGUCCGCCAUCUGCGCCUCCAGGCUCUUCAAGGACAAGUAUUGCCUCAGAUGGCAGACCUUUGGCAUUGCCAUGAUUGCACCGGAUUGUCAGAGAAAGAUGCGGAUGAGCUAUAUAAUGAAGAGGAGCUUGAGCCAUUUAACCCUAAGUUUGAAAAGGAGGAAGAAAAUGAAAGUAGAGUGAAAGAAAAUAGUGAAUUGCUUUCAAGUCAGACGAUUGUGGAAUGGAUCCGUCCUGGCCAACAGGUAGUUCAAAUAAGAUCCUUUAUUCUUUCCUCCUGCAUUUGGACAGACCGAGUCUGUCGUAAUUUGACCAGUAUUCUGCCUUACGGAAACUUCAGUCUAAACACCACUGACCUCUUUUUAGAGGAUACCAACGUAUGCCAUUUGGACGCUUUAGGUUUGCGUCGACUUCCACAACUACGCCAACUCGUGAUUUCAGCCCGCAGCUGCGGUGAACGCCUUCAUAGGUUCGGUCAAUUAUCUCAAGCACCCGAGCCCAGCGAACUUCUGGCAAGCCUACCUCGACCAUGGAUCCUGCGUAGACUACAGUUUGAGGUUGCAGUCUGUUCAUGUGAAGACAUGGUCCGAAUUGGACUCCUCGAAAAGGGGCUACCAAAAGCAAUUAUCAGAGUAAAUUGCCGCAAUCUCAAGUGCUUGACUAGGCUGCCUGGGGAUCUGGCUAAAAUGGGGAUGCAUGAGCACGAGGGGUGGAAUGACGGCGAGUUCCUAAUAGUCCCUGGACAGCUACGACGCGCAUUAGCUGAAAUUUGUGAUUCUGAGUCUGUCCAAGGACGAAGACUUGUACCUGGUUCGCGGCUUGACAACGCAACCAACCCGGUUGAUGUGACGCUUGGUAUUAGAGAUCAGAUGGGGCGGAUGCCUCUGGCGUCACUGGCUGGGUUGGAGGAGUGUGAGAGGCGCCUGGCCGCUAUACAGAGAAGCCAGUCUGCUAUAGCCACAUACUGGCCUCAUUUUGGCCUCGGUCGUGUGAAUCUCUUACUACUUAGUUCUCUGCAGGUUCAACUAAUUGUCUGGUUGUGA